AUGCACGGAUCGACCACAACAUGCUUCUUGUUACUCUCUUGGGGAGCACUUACGACUCUCGUUCGUACCGACGACGCCGUGGAGGGUCCCCUUGUGCACACGGCCGUCGGAGCCGUGAGGGGCUUCAGUCAAUGUCUGCGCGGGACGGUGGUGAAUACCUUCAUAGGCAUUCGGUACGGCAAGGCCCCUACCGGUGAACUUCGGUUCCGAGAACCGCAGCCUGCGGAACCCUGGAGUGGUGUUCUGAAUGCCACCGAAACACCCCCGGCCUGCAUCCAGGGGAACGUUUAUCGAGGAGUCGAGAGGGCAAAGACCAUUUGCGUACGCACCGAGGACUGUCUGUUCUUGAACGUUUGGAGCCCGGUCGUGCCUCCCAGUACUUCGAACCUGACCGUGAUGGUGUGGAUCCAUGGCGGAGGCUUCAGCCAAGGCUCGUCUUCCCUUCCGGUCUACGACGGCGCGUUCCUGGCAGCCUUCGGACACGUCGUGGUCGUCUCCAUGAACUAUAGGCUGGGAUCGUUGGGCUUCCUUCACGGGAGCACACAGAGCGCCCCCGGAAAUCAAGGACUCCUGGACCAGGCACUGGCUUUACGCUGGGUUCGGGAUAACAUACCGAGUUUUGGAGGGGAUCCUGGAAGCGUCACGCUGUUCGGUGAAAGCGCUGGGUCACAGGCCGUGCUCUUUCAUCUACUGUCGCCGGUGUCCAGGCCGCUCUUCCAAAGGGCCAUUAUGCAAAGCGGAUCUUUGUGUACCCGCUCCACGAAGUACAGCGACCAUAGGCGGCUUGAGAAGGCUCAUUACUUGGCAAGAAACUUGAACUGUACUCGUUUUUUGGAUCCUUACGCUUAUCUGCAAGAGGACGAGAUCGAGUGUUUGCGACGUGUAGACACCAGGCAGAUCCGAGUUGCAGAAGAGUUGGCUUGUUCGGGUAGAAAUUGCUUCCGUGCAAUAUUCGGAACUUCCUCGUUGCCAGACCCAUGUGCGGUCGUCGAAUCGGGGGACAAAGACAUUCUGAUCGGUAACGUGGAAAAUGAAGGCGGAUUCUUUGCUUUCUAUUCAUUCCCGGUUGGGUUCUCCCCCGAGUCUAUGAAGAACUUGACAAAAAAUCAAACGCAACUUUUAUUAGCGCCUCUUAUAGGAACCCUGAGUCCAGAAUUUCUAAACGAUGUUUAUGAUCUCUACACCGGCAGUCUCAGAGACACGGAUUUUGUAGGGCUGAAGCGAGCGGUCCAAGACGCUUGGGGUGAUAAGAUGAUUAAUUGCCCAACAAUCUUGACUUCCCUCACGCUGGCCAGUAACCCACGAAACAGAGUCUUCCACUACGUGUUGAAUCACACUUCCGAUAGAGCGAUGAAAAAUCCCUGGUAUGGUAUGACACAUUUCGACGACGUAGAGUACGUCUUCGGGAGGCCAUUACUGGAAAACAGAAGCUCUGACGACCAAACCUACAGCAAGAAAUUGAUAGAAUUGUGGACUUCCUUUGCAAAGAAAGGAAACAAGUACCUCGUGGACAAGUAUCAAUGGCCUCAGGUCAGACCCGACAACCUGGUUGCUCAGAAAAUAACGAACGGGCCUCCGGAAGAGACGAUUUUGAAAUUGGAAGGUCGCUGCGCUUUCUGGUUACGUCUGUAUUUGCAUCACAACCCACCCAGUAGUCCAUAGCGGAUAACUU